AGUAGAAAUUAAAUCUAAAACAAUCAAUCAGUCAGACAGUAAAUCAAUCCAUCCAUCCAUCAGUGGUUAUGUCAUCGAUAACGAACAACUCAAGACAAGAUUUACCGAAAGGUCGAAAUCGGGAAUCGUUUGAUCAAUUUGAUGAUGAAUUGGCCGAAUUGAUACUCAGUUAUCUACCGGUCGAACAAUUGCUUAAAUACGAGUCAGUGUCCAAACAGUUUCAACAGUGCGGCUCCGGUAGUCUAACCAGUAUUCAUCUGCCGACCGAAUGGAUCAAUCAUAUAUGCUAUCGGUAUUGUCAAUGUUGUGAUACACCUGAAGAAAAAUUUGCCAAACAUUUGAUGAAAAAGUAUCCGAAAAUAUCUUCAGUCCAAUUGUACGAAAACAACAAUCAAGUAUUGAUGUCAAUCAUCAGCAAUCAUCGGCAACUAUGGCCACAUCUCUGUAGUAUCGAAAACUAUAUGUUAGUUAAUAAGAAUAGCCGACUCUGUGACCAACAAUUGGACACCAAUAGCCUAUUGCCUGUGGAACAUAUGAUACGAACACUUGAUGUGUCGUCCGAUUUGGUAAUCCAUGGACCAAAAACAUGGCUCAAACAGUUCAGCCGAUUAGACAAUCUGACAGUCAAACGUAUCGGCAAUGUGUUUGCCGAUGACGACAGUAAGGAACUACUGGUUAAGGGAUUGCAAUCGUUUAAAAUUGACGAUUUGCUUGAGCCGCGAUUUGUCGACCAGUUUCGGCAAUUUAUUGCCGGUAACAUUGGUCUCAGACGAUUGGACACCAAUUAUAUACCGUUUACUGAUGAUGACGACACCAGCGAAGACAAAGUCAAACAAUUGUUUGAACACAUCUCGCGGCUUAAAAAACUCUAUCAAUUGGAUACUUCAUUACAUCUGUUGGCUUUACCAUCAAUACCGGAUCCAUUGCUACUGAUUGCCAACAAUUGUCUACAAUUAAGUCGUCUAAGACUACAAAUCUGUUACGAUUAUGAAGAAAUUGAUUUGAAGGCAUUUAUCCGGACAUUCAAAUCAGUCAAACAAAUGCAUCGUUUGAAACAUCUUGAUCUCGAUAUGGUUGGCGAAAAUGAUUGGGACAACAGUGACAUUGAUUUGGCUGAAAGACAUUUGUCAACCAAACAGAUGACUGAUUUGCAGUUAACACCGAAAUGUUGGCCACAAUUAACACAUCUGAGAAUUGGCGAAACCUGUAUCCGUUUGAAUACAGUAGUCGUCAACAACGGACCGGAAGUAUUGCAGUCAUUGACAACAAAGAUGCCAUCAAUGCAGAGACUUGUCGUCCAGAGUCUAGUCUUUGACAACAUUACUGAGGAUCUGGUAAUGAAAUCAAUGGACAGACAACGGUCUAAAUUGAAACUGAUUGACAUUACAGCCGUUGAUUGGACACAACCAAAGCCCAGCCAACCGUACGAUCCGAUGAUUACCGAUUCGUAUCGACUCAUAUCCAUAUCCAAGUAA